CGACUUCUCGAAGGUGAGGAUGAGCUCGAACGAGUCCAAGAACGUCGUCGCUUCUGCAACGGAGAAUUUGGUGGAGAUGACUUUGAGGCGUCGGGUGCGGAAUCAGUAGGUUUUGGUGGCAGCGUCGAAUCCGACACAGGAUUCGUUGACAUAACCUCAGUCAUUUAA